CAUCUUCUUGCCACUCUGAACUCAGCUUUUGCAUAGAUAGCAUUAUGGAGCUUUCUUUGAUCCCCUUCAGGGCUACUGGUGCAGCAGCAGCAUUCACUGCACCCAAGAGGAUGGUGGCACCAGUCAUGGCAUCCAAAUCUGGAGCCAAAGUGAAGGUCUUCCUACAGACUAAUUUUCAAGUCUCUGCCGGUUGCAAGACAUGCAGAGGAAAGGGCGCAAUAGAAUGCCCAGGGUGCAAGGGCACUGGAAGGAACAAGAAGAAUGGGAACAUAUUCGAGAGAUGGAAGUGCUUCGAUUGCCAAGGGUUUGGUCUCAAGAGUUGUCCUAGCUGUGGCAAGGGAGGGCUCACACCGGAACAAAGAGGUGAAAGGUAGAAGAAAUUGACAAGAACAAUAUAUGCAGACGCACUGCACUGCAUGGCGCAUGCCAGUACCAUUACGGUUAAGCUUGAUGUAAUAAAUUAUCUGGUGGUAAUUCUUAGCUAGAUUAGAUGGAUGACAAGGUAUUUUGCAAUCAAGAAACUUGUAUAUUUGCACCCUCUGCUUGACAUCCAAACUCAGAUAAUUAUGCCAGGCCGAGCUGUGUACCUUUUUGAGGAAACCUGAAUACUACAGUGCAUAAAUAUCUGGAAAAAGUACAUGUCUUCUUUCGUCCAAAAAUACAAGUGAAUCCAUGUGUCCGAAA